AUGAAUAGUAUGACACUGACUCAGAUGCUGAUCCGGGAGAAUUCUCCUCUGAAAGCACCUCCUGCAGGACCCUGUCCAGCCGGACUGUUUGUCCUGCCCACUCUAGCUCUGCCUCUAAUGCUACUCGUCUUGCUGCUCUACUUGAAGGCUCUCACCUUGGACGUGCUGGUUCGGCGAAGUCGAUUUCCAAAACAAGAUUCGAAAUUCGAAGAAGAAGAAGAAGGCCUGGCUUUCGCUACCUCUGUUACCGCUAGAAGUAAGAGAAGAUCAAGCAGAGGGGCAAAGAAUCUGUCUCUUGAUGAUCGUCAGACAUUUCAUGCCACAUAUGGGAACCUUACUUGGCUCCUCCGGGUCAAGGUGCAUUGCCCCUUAAUUGAAGCCUUGAUAAGUGCUUCGGACAGGGAUGCGGUUUGCUUCCGUUUUGGUAGCUUUGAACUGGUUCCCACCCUGGAGGAGUUUUCUCGUCUUCUGGGCCUUUCUCAUGAUACUGACAUGCUCGUGCUUCCUUUUGGCCGCGGAGGAAAGAGGGGCUUGAGUGAUGUGCUUGGAAUUCGCCCGUACCAAGAAGAUUUUGUUGACGGGAAACUUUGGGCUCGUCAUCGAUUACAAGCUCUUGCCCUUGCCAUUUACGGGACUGUCGUCUUUCCUGGAGAGCCUGGCUUGAUAGACGGCCACAUCAGUACUAUAAUUGAGCAGAUGGGUACCGGCUGUUCUGUAGUGCCCAUGAUUCUUGGGGAAGUGAUCCGCUCUCUUUCUUACUGUUUUUCUCAUGGACACGGGACCUUUCUCGGGUGUGCUGCUUUGCUUAAGUUAGUUAAGACUGGAAAUAACCCUAUGACUGACCUAGCUAAAAAGCUUUUGAUGUUGAUUCGGGACGGAAUCCGCGGGAGAAAAGGGAUCCUUUGGUUUAGGAGAAACUUUAUAUCGGUCUCUACCCAAGUAGCUGUGGCCCAUGAUCCAAAGGACCCGCAACCAGUCAAUCAUGCUAUCCUUACCUUUCAACCAACCCCUUCGAUUCCGCUUCUGCAGCAGUAUAUAAUCUCGGUCCCUUACCUUGAUGCCUACAGCUCAAUUAGUUUUCCAGUGAUGGCAAGAAUCCGCGAAAUACUGCUUUUUUUUCUUCUUCUUGUGUUGUUUCUGAAUGGCAUCAUAGCUACACGAGAAAAAGCGAUGCUGCCCACUCUGCCGCAAAAGGGGGCCGCUUUCUUCCCCCCAAAAAUGCCAGUUCCACCAUCAGGGCCCAGCAAGCGGGGGAAUUCUGUUCCGAGGCUGCGUUUCAUUCCAGCAGCAACAUUAUAUGGUUCAAAACGCCUUGUUCCAUCCGGCGCGCCUCCAUCACUAGUGGGAUUCUAUCUCCCACCAGACUGCCUAUCCAGAUUACCAUACUCACUAAGAAACUUGAUUGCUUCCUAUCCAUUGAUUGCUUGUUCUUUUUCUACAUUUGCUUCCUCCAUCUUCAUUGCACUCAAUGAACAAUCAGAUGCGGGAUUACCUGUUGGUUGCGGUGUGCUUGUCUUGGUUGAUUUCGCAUAUCUCUUUCUUGUUCUUGGGCAAGCUGCUCUUGCUCACGAAUCUGCUGUUCUAGCUCAAGGCUUAAGCCGAGAACGACCAGGCUAUCUCCGAGAAAAUAGGAGUAACGAACGGGAGAAGAAUAAGGCAGGCUGUCGUUCGACUAGUUUGUAG